GGGCCAUGGCGCUGCCCGGGUGUCGGGCGCUCUUGGUCCUGCUGUGGCUGCCUGGGGGCUGCACGUUGUGGAGGUACAGAACUACUGAGGAAAACUAUAAGCUCUUUACUUCUAGAACAACUUUCACCAACAACAACGCUGAAUUGUCCCACUCCUGGAACUUACAGAAUUAAACCAAAAGUAACAAAUGAGACAUCUGAGGAUAAAGAAAGGUAUCUGCCUGCUUCUGACCAUUCUAGUUGUUUCAUGUGGUAUGUGACAACAGCCUCACAACCAAGCAGAACAGAUUCACUCUCGGUAGAUGAAAGCCAGGAGUUAGUUUUAUGGGUAUAUGAUCCUGAAACUGCAGAUGCUUCUGAGCUGAACCGCACUGCAAUUCGUCCUUCACAAAGUUCUCAGAAACUCAGCAAGCUGUUCUGGAACUUGGGUCAGGAUCCUGUUGUUCAUACCUAUUUGAAAAAAGACGCAUACUAUUCUAACGAGCAUCCAAAUUUAGGAUUAUGGACAGUCACUGUACCUGCACUGUCAGAAGAUAUCAUAAUAAAUAUACGUGGAAAGGCAGUAGCGUUUCAGGAAUGCUUUGUUCUAGAUACUCCCUUUAUAAUUCCAAGGCCUAAACAAUCAUUUUCUAGCAAGGAAGGUGAUAUCUCACUCUGUUCCCCCAAUAAUAGUGAAAUCUUCAUUACAUGGUCUGCAUGUUUUCCAACAACAGCUGUUUUAUUAUCAGAUUUUGGAACUUUCUAUACAAAUGAUGGAUUCCAAACUUACCAAGAAAUCAAAGUUCCUUCAGAUGCUUUGACCCAAGACCUAAGUAAAAAUGUAACUGAUGUGACUCUAACAGAUAAUGGAAUCUUAUUUUUAAUAAAUGGCACUAUUUAUAAAAGAGAAUCUAAUCGUUUUUUAAAACUUGGGACUGAACACAAGCUUCCUGAAGCAAAAAUAACUGGAAUACGUUCAAGAUACUGGUGUUCAUCUAUCUAUCCAGUGCAGAAUGGAAAACAACUAAGUACUUUGGUAGCAUGGACAUCUAAUGAGCUGUAUCUUGCAUAUAAUGAAAUAUUUAAUAAAAUAGCAGAUACAGCAAAUUUAGUGAAGUCCUUAGAUUUUCCAGACAGUGCUGCUUUAUCUAUAGAGACUGUUAGUUAUGACUCAGUCCCAUCUGAAAUUACAAUGUUGCUGAUUUGCAGUGGCUGCAGCUCCUCAAAACUGUUUUAUCUGGCAUUUUACAGUGAAGACAAACAAUUUUGGGGCUUAAGAGAGUUUUAUUUACCUGUUGCUCGCAAUUCUGUUUCGAGGAUGAUAUAUCUGAAUUCAGCAUUAUCAUGUGGUCUGCUGUGGAACAAUGAAAGCAUUUACUACACCUACAAAAACAACACAACUAAUGGAUUUUUUCAAGUAGCUGGAUCAAAUCUGUCUCUGUCAGAAUUGUCUAAUGGGAGCACUAUUCAUCAGAUUAUUCUUGACUACCUUGGGAAUAUAUUGAUAAAAAUGAAAAACAACAUUUUCUUUUAUACAAAAAAUGAAUUGAGAGAACUAAUUCAGCUUCCUGUGUGGAUAAACAGAAUGAAAAAGAUGGUUCUUUAUUUGAAUCCAUCUGCUAGUGUAUACAUAUUAUUAAUUGAUGGUUCUAGCAUAUAUCGCCAGACCUAUCCUUUGGAAAUUGAAAUAUUUAGUUCUACAUUUAGAUCUGAAAUUUAUUGCUCAAUUAUAGCUUUUCAGCACAACAUGGAUUUCAAUGUCUACUAUCUGGACAAGGGAGAUAAACUCACAUUUUGGUCUCAGAUAGUUUUUGAGGAAAAUGUGGAUAUAAGUACAUACCUGAAGGUCUACAGGCCAGACUUAUUACUACUAAAAGGAAGCAGCAAAUAUGAAAUUGCUCGUGGAAUCUGUACAAAAAACGAGAAGCUUGUUGAUGCCUUGGGCAAGUUUAUUGAGCCCCCUAUGGACCUAUCAUCUCAAAAUCAGUUCACACAAAUUCUAAGAUCGAUGGAGAAUGCUGCAGAUCAUGAGACAAACUUCAACAUCUGCAAAUCACCAACAACAUUUACAUUUUAUCAUGAAAUGGACUAUACUUUAGAAUCCAAUUAUACACAAGCAUUACCUUCAGAUGUGGUCUGCCUAAAGCAUAAUUUUACUACUUACAGAAUACCCGGGAAAUUUAUGUGGAAUGCAACAGCUGAGGACAAGAUAGCCUAUUAUGACUGGGAUAAAUAUGGUUGCCUAAUGGAACUUCAUUACGAACAGUAUUUCCAGCCUGUUAUUUCCAUGUAUGAUGGCAAUAAAUAUGUUAGAAGGGUUGAAACGAAUUUCAUAUUAUGGGAGCUGAAAGGCAGAACUGACUAUGGGUACACUUCAUCCAUGAAAGAAGAAGGUUGCCUGUAUAAAGCACAGUCUUGGCCCAUGAUGCUUAAUGAAAGUAAAAACUCUACAUUGGAUGAAAUAUGGGGACCACAGAUCAUUGUAUCUGAGACAGCCCAACAACCAAAUGAAAUGUAUCCUUCCUCUUUGGAAAAGCCACAGUCUAGGGCUUUUGGAAGGAGGAAAGAAAAAGAAACAUCUGAGCCCUCUGAUUCAGGCUCUGUUAGAGCUCUAAUAGCUGUAAUAGCUGAUUUCAUACCAGGCUUUAGCUUUGCACAGAACAGUACAGAUGAAGGACUGCAUGAGCAGUAUCAGAUUUUAAACAUGACCUCUACCAAUUCCAUUGUUUGGGCUACUAGUCAUAGUGGCAUUUAUGUGUUCAGAGUGAGGAUAUUAGACCCAAACUACAGUUUUUGUGAUUUAAAAGCAUUCUUUGCGGUCCGUACAUAUGGUAUAAUUGAAAGGUCAGAUUUAUCUACAGUUCUGCUUUAUUCAUUCCUCAUACUCUGCAUUUUUUGGGCCUUCCUCAUCUUAAGCUACUUCAGGUACAAAAAAAUUUUUCAAGAGCUCAAUUAUACUGAUUCACAAACAUCACUUGACCUGCAAGAGGACUAG